AUGGACAAAAGCUUAAGUUCCCUUCUCAUCAUUCAUCUGAUUUCUAUUGCUUUGUUUGCCAUUUCUACUACAGCUAGAAAAGGACAGCAAAUGCCAUCUUCAUACUUUACAUCAGAUGCCACCCCUGCAGGUUCUAACUUCACUUACGUAUGUGACCCUUCCAGGUAUACUGCCCUUAAAUUGAACGUGUCAGAUUUUGUCUUCUGUGACAAGUCCCUUCCCUACGUUGUUAGGGCUAAGGACUUAGUAAACCGUAUGACAUUACAAGAAAAGGUGCAACAGCUUGGAGAUCUUGCUUAUGGUGUUCCAAGGUUGGGGUUACCUAAAUACGAAUGGUGGUCUGAAGCCUUACAUGGUGUGUCCAAUCUGGGCCCAGGAACAUUCUUUGAUGAUCUUGUUCCUGGUGCAACUAGCUUCCCAACAGUAAUACUCACAACAGCUUCUUUUAAUGAAUCUCUAUGGAGAACUAUUGGUCAGGCUGUUUCGACCGAAGCAAGGGCAAUGUACAACUUAGGUCGAGCUGGAUUAACUUUUUGGAGUCCAACUAUUAAUGUAGCUAGGGAUCCUCGAUGGGGAAGAAUCACUGAAACACCUGGAGAAGAUCCUUUCAUUGUAGGUAGAUAUGCUUCUAAUUAUGUAAGAGGCUUACAAGACGUUGAGGGAACUGAAAAUUAUCCAGAUUUAAACUCUAGACCUCUUAAAGUUUCCUCAUGUUGCAAGCACUUUGCUGCCUAUGAUCUUGACAAUUGGCAAGGAAUUGAACGCUACAGCUUUAAUGCUAUAGUGACUGAACAAGAUAUGGUAGAAACAUUUCUUCGACCUUUUGAGAUGUGUGUUAAAGAAGGUGAUGCAAGCAGCGUCAUGUGUUCUUACAAUCGUGUCAAUGGUAUACCUACCUGUGCUGAUCCAAAACUACUAAAUCAAACCAUAAGAGGAGUUUGGAAUCUUCAUGGAUACAUAGUAUCAGAUUGUGAUUCCAUCGAAGUAAUGGUUAAUGACCAUAAGUUUCUUGGAGACACAAAGGAGGAUGCAGUUGCAAGAACACUUAAAGCUGGCUUGGACUUGGAUUGUGGAGUUUAUUAUACCCAAAACACUGAAUCCUCAGUAAAUCAAGGAAAGGUCAGGGGAGAAGACAUAGACAGGUCACUUAAAUAUCUCUAUGUGGUGCUUUUGAGGCUGGGAUACUUUGAUGGAAGCCUUCAAUUUCAAUCUCUUGGCAAGAAGGACGUUUGUUCUGAAGAACACAUUGAAUUAGCAGCAGAAGCAGCAAGAGAAGGAAUUGUCCUGCUCAAAAAUGAAGACAAUACUUUGCCUUUGAAUUCUAAUAAGGUCAAAACCCUAGCUGUGGUUGGUCCUCAUGCUAAUGCUACCACAGCCAUGAUUGGCAACUAUGCAGGAAUUCCGUGUCGAUAUAUCUCUCCUAUUGAUGGUUUUUCAACAUAUGCAAACGUGAGUUAUGAAAUUGGAUGUGACGUUGCUUGCAAGAACCAGAGUUUGAUAUUCCCGGCAUUGCAAGUUGCAAAAGAAGCUGAUGCUACAAUAAUAGUAGCAGGCCUAGACUUAUCAAUUGAAGCUGAAGGGUUAGAUAGGAAAGAUCUCCUCUUUCCUGGUAACCAAACAGAACUUAUCAACCAGGUCGCAGAAUUGGCCAAAGGUCCAGUUAUUCUGGUAAUCAUGUCAGCAGGAGGAAUAGAUAUCACUUCCGCUAAAAACAACAAGAAUGUCACGGCCAUUUUGUGGGCUGGAUAUCCAGGAGAAGAAGGUGGUCGCGCCAUUGCAGACAUUGUUUUCGGAAAACAAAAUCCCGGAGGAAGAUUACCAGUUACAUGGUAUGAAGCUAAUUAUGUUAAUCAGCUGCCAAUGACAUCUCUAAAACUGAGGCCAGAUGAUAAAUUAAGUUAUCCAGGUCGAACUUAUAAAUUCUUUAAUGGCUCUACAGUUUACCCAUUUGGGUACGGACUUAGUUACACUACUUUUUCCUACAAACUAACGUCUCCAACAACAUCAGUUGAUAUAAAAUUAAACAAGUUUCAGCACUGCCAUGAUCUCGCAUAUAAAGAAGGAACCUCUAAACCUCAAUGUCCAUCAGUCCAAACCAAUUUCUUAUCCUGCAACCGAAGUUUUCAUUUCGAUGUUGAAGUGACAAAUGUGGGAUCUAGAAGUGGAAGUGAAGUUAUUAUUGUCUACUCUAUGCCUCCUAAAGGAAUUGCAGGAGCAAAUAUUAAGCAAGUAAUUGGCUUCAAGAGACUUUUUGUUAAAGCGAAGAGAAGUCAGAAUGUUACCUUUGAAUUUGAUGUUUGUAAGAGUUUGCAGAUCAUAGACUAUAGUGCUUAUAGUGUUUUGCCAUUAGGAAAUCAUACUAUCUUGAUUGGGGACACAGUUUCUUUUCCAAUUCAGAUUAGUUUUAGUUAG